UAUCAAACACCACCGCGCACACCACAGCGAAACAACCGCUCCAUCUGCGCGGUUUUGUUUUUUGUUUUUUUUUUAUUUGCACGACAAACUACCGGAUCUGCGCCAGGGAUCCACGGCAGGGUCCGAGCUCCGCGCUGAGAGGAGAGCGGGGGACGGUCAUGUUGUGUGGCCGCUGACAGUGCGUCUCUCUCGGGGUCAGAAGUGUUGAGGAGCUCCGCGCGGGGGGGACAGCGAUGGGAUCCGCUUCCUCGUCGUACCGCGUCAUCUACCUAGACGUGGACGGACGCAUCCAGAAGUUGGUGUUCAGCAGAUAUUGCAGCCCCUGUGACAUCAGAGAGCUGUUCUGCACGGCUCUGGGACUGCCUAGGAAUACUAACCUGUCUCUGCUGGACUCUACCGGAGCUAUGGUCUCCAUCGACCCCACCAUGCCCCACAACACAGAGCGGUCUGCAUACAAAGUGGUCCCUCUGGGUGGAGGACAGCUGGCAGAUAAGGAGGAGCUCUUCCAAAAUGUGCUGACUCAGGUGGCUGAGCAGUUCUCAAGGGCAUUCAAGAUCAACGAGCUGAAGACAGAGGUGACCAACCGCCUGGCCAUGUUGGAGAAGCGUGUGGAGUUGGAGGGGAUGAAGGUGGUGGAGAUAGAGAAGUGCAGAAAUGACAUAAAAAAACUUCGAGAGGAGAUGGCAUCACGGAACACCAGUAACUUCCUGGAGGACAAUAAGAAGCUGACCCCACGCAGAGAUGUGCCUUCGUAUCCAAAGUACCAUCUGUCCAAGGAGACAGUGGAAGCCCUGAGGCUGCCCACGUUUGACGCCUGGCAGUGGGAGCCCAACGAGAUGUUGAGCUGUCUGGAGCACAUGUACCACGAUCUGGGUCUUGUCAAGGACUUUAACAUAAACCCCAUCACCCUCAAGCGUUGGCUGCUGUGUAUCCAUGACAACUACAGGAACAACCCCUUCCACAACUUCAGGCACUGCUUCUGCGUCACCCAGAUGAUGUACAGCAUGAUCUGCCUGUGCAAUCUGCAGGAGAAGUUCACGCAGGUGGACAUUCUGAUCCUGAUGACAGCUGCAGUGUGCCACGACCUGGAUCAUCCUGGAUUCAACAAUACGUACCAGAUAAACGCACGUACAGAGCUAGCAGUGCGCUACAAUGACAUCUCACCUCUGGAGAACCACCACUGCGCUGUGGCCUUCCAGAUCUUCUCCCAGCCAGACUGUAACAUCUUCUCCAGCUUUGACCCUGAGGCCUUCAAGCAGAUCCGACAGGGGACCAUCACGCUGAUUCUGGCCACAGACAUGGCUCGUCAUGGGGAGAUCCUGGACUCCUUCAAACAGAAGGUGGACAACUUUGACUACUCAGACGAGGAGCACGUCACCUGUCUGAAGAUGGUGCUGAUCAAAUGCUGCGACAUCUCCAACGAGGUACGGCCCAUGGAGGUGGCUGAGCCCUGGGUGGACUGCCUGCUCGAGGAGUACUUCAUGCAGAGUGACCGGGAGAAGACGGAGGGCCUCCCUGUGGCUCCCUUCAUGGACCGAGAGAAAGUGACCAAACCCACAGCUCAGAUCGGCUUCAUCAAGUUUGUGCUCAUCCCCAUGUUUGAGACCGUCAUGAAGCUGUUCCCUCAGAUCGAGGAGGCCAUGGUGCAGCCUCUCAGAGAGUCCAGAGACCGCUAUGAGGAACUCAAGCAGAUCGACGACGCCAUGAAUGAGGUGCAGAAGAAGAAGAGCGAGAACCUCACCAUGGGAAGCAAGAAGAAGUGAGAGUGACGAGCACAGUGAAUGUAGAGGGAGGACGUGCCUUGUGAUCAGAGACCAGGGAACAGAAACCAGGGACCAGACCUGUGCUCCGUCGGACAGCCUCAGGACCGCCUCAGGAACCCCUUCACCUGUUUGUUUUUUUACACUUUGUACAGAUUUUUAGUGACUUGAUCUUUGCUACAAAAAUAAAGUUUUGUCAAAAAA